AAUAUACGUUUUCAAAAGGCAUAUGGCGGACGUUUUAUAUAUUUUUGCAUCGAAAACUGAUAAAUUCUUUUAGUUAUGAGUCUCUUGUGACCGCUAGAGCGUAUUUGUUAAAAUUAGCUGAUAACACUAGUUUUUAAAUGUGUAAAUAACUUUAUUAUACCCGGAGUCUUGUAAAUAUUGAUAGUAGUUUCGUGCGUGGACGUUUUUAUCCGUAUUGAAAAACGAAAAGUCUGUGAUAUAAACAAUACAUUUAGGUGAUAGAGUAAUUUCCUGAAGUCUUUUGUAAAUAUUGUAAAGUUAUUUUAGAUUUUAAAAAAGUUAAUAUAUUGAGCGAAGACUGAAAAAUUGUGUGUUUGAUCUGUUAUAUUUUUACUAUGUCAGCUGUGAGCUUAUUGAAUUCUUUGAAAGAGAAAUCGAACGACAACAGCCCGAAGGAUGGCUCCAACUAUGAAGGAGACGAGGAGAGCGUGGUGUCCCGCGGCGGUGAUCCGGCCGUGUUGGCGGUGGGGCCGGCGCGUCGUCCCCUCACCUACACCAGGGAAGAGUUGUUGCGGCUGAGAAACUCGCCGCUGGUCAAGCGGAACCUGGAGAACGCGUUUGCCGGCUGCGAGGCGCUUGCACUAGUGUUGAAGAGAAGAUCCGAUUCGCCUAAUGAGGAUGAUAAAGGAGGAAGAGGUGACGCCCCGAACGAGAACCAUAAGGGAGUGUACGGGCGCGACCGUGAGCGUCGGUCGGCGGACCCGCGCGAGCGCGUACGUAAGGAGGUGUCGCCGGGGAGCGGGGGCGGUGGCGGCGUCGCGGGGGGCACGGGCAUCGUGCUCUCGCCGCAGCGGCGCUCGUUCACGUCCGGAUGUGGCGCGCCUGCCGCCGCAGCGCCGCAGCCGCCGCCGCAUGUCGCACGCACCAGGCCUGAGUCCCCACUGCAGCCGGCCGCCGCCUCCAAACCCGACCAGGGUCGGCGUAUCGGCUCUGGACGUAUCAUGGUGCGGGACAUGCCCAACGCUGGGUGGGAGGAGCCCGAGUACCGCUCGGAACCCUACCGUCCGCCGCGGGACCGCGCCAACGGAGACAGGUUCGAUCGACGUUCCUUCAGUCGCGACUCCUACACCUCUGAUAUGAAGAGGGAGCGGGACGACCGAUUCAACAACGAAAAAACGCGCGACAGGGAGGAGAAUCGAAGAUCAUCAGGUGGUCGUAACUAUCGACGUUACGAUAAGGACGAGGAACCCGAAUGGUUUAGCGGAGGGCCGACAUCACAGCUGGAGACUAUCGAGUUACGCGGCUUUGACGAGCCACCCACCCACAGCAAGAAAAACGGCAAUGUUAACAACAAGGAGGAGAAGAAGUGGCACAGCGGCAACAGUGGCGGCUCGCGGUCCCCCAACACCUCGCCGCAACACGACGACGCCACCACCGCCCCCGCCACCAACACCUCCAACACCAGCAACACCACCAUCACCACCGCAACCACUACCACCAACGAUAAAGACUCUGGAGUGGAGUCUGGGAAGGCAGAGGAGGGCAACCCUACUGCGGAACAGCCCGACUUCAAUCUGGACGAGUUCCUCAAGUUUGAUGCUAUACCAGAUGUACUCACGAACGGCGGCGGUGAAAGUGAGGGCGGCAGCAGGUUCAGUCGAUGGUUCCGUCGCGAAACGCCGCCCGCGGACGCGAGACAUUACGACAGGAUGCUGAGCAACAUGCUAGACGAUCUGGACAGUGUGUCUGAAGUGGGUGGGGAGUCUAGUAAAGUGUUCGCGCCGAUAUCGCCGGCGGCGCCGCCUUCACUCCUCGACUUGUUGCGACAGGCUAAUGCCCAGCCGCCGACGCAACAAUCAGGCGGGAGUGGGGGCGGGGGUGUUGGCGGGGGCGGUAAGAUGCAGAGCUUGGAGGAAUUGGAGGCGCGCCUGCGUGUGCACGCCGCCCCGCACCACCAGCACCACCAGCCCCACCAGCACCAGACCGAACACGAUCUCGCCGCCUUCAAAAGACUCUUGGCGCAAGUGUCUGGCGGCCACGCGGUACCGGCAGCGGAGCAGCCGCGCCCACCGCCACAACCACAGCCUAUGAGUCUACUGCAAAUGUUGAACAAGAGCAUGGAACAACAACAACAGCAACAGCAGCAGCAGCAGCAACAACAACAACAACAACAGAAACAACAGCCACAGCAGACGCAAAUCCCGCAGGAGCUCCUUUACAAGCUCCUGCACUUGCAGCGUCAGCAGCAACAGCAGCAGGGUGAGAUGGGUGUGCACGCGUCCGACAGGGAGCUGCUGCAGCGACCUGAAGCGCAGGCGCUUGUACAUGGUCUGAAAGCUGGCGAGAUAACAGUGCAGCACUUGAUGCAGCAGCUCAGCAACCCCGGGCUGCAGAGCCGACACCGAGAGGUGCUGCUCACUAUACUGCGACUGCAUCACCACCAGAGACAGAUGGGAGGAUCUCCUCUGCCGAGUGGAGUGGGGGGCCCGCAUCUAGUAGUUCCACAUCAUCAGCCCCUGAGAUUGUCUCCGUUACCUCAUCCUGGUGUGCCGACCCGUAUACCGUCACCGCGCGAGCUGGCGGCGCACACGCAGUCUAUUAUGCAGGGAGCGCUCAUCAAGAAGAAGCUCGAGGAGCAGCGCGAGAACUACCGCCGCCGGCACGAGAUGCACCAGCCCAAGCAGCCCACGCCCAUCUCAUUCACGCCCACCUCCGUUCUCCGCAAGAUGACAGCGGAGAAGGAGGCGGAGGCGCCGAGCCCGAAGCAACAGUGGGCACAGCCCCCCAAGCUGCCCCAGGGACGACCCAUAGUCAAGGGCAACCAGAGCGGUGCCGCCCCACCUAUGGGCUAUGUACAAUCACCGUCAGAAUAUCAGCAACACUAUCUCAAUCAACAACAACAGCAAAUGGUUGGUGGUGUACGUUCGUUUACACAUCCUCAGCAAAGGCAGCAACAAAUACCAAAUUCUUAUAACAACAUGAGCAACAUGUCGCGCGGCGGCGUCGGCGGCGCCACACUGCAGCAACUGCUCGUCCACUCACACCAGAACCGACUCAACGACAUGGGCGUGGGCGGUGGUAUAGGCGGCGGGGGUGGCGAUAACCAGUUGGCCAGGUGGUUCUCGCCGGAGCUGUUGGCGCGCGCGUCAGCCGGCAAACUACCCUCCGUGCAUCACGUGCCCAACGCGCUCUCGCUGGAGGAUCUCGAGCGGCACCACCACUCGCCUGCGCCGCCCGUGCGCAACUGACCGCCCUGCCCCGCCGCCACAACUUAUAUACACUAGUGCUGCUGAUGACGUGAGACGGAAUGAACAUUUUUAUACGUUUCAUUGUUAGUGAGGGAAUAAUCGUCGUCCAACUGGUUUUGUUACGAAUCGCGAUUCUUUGAAACUAGUGUAAUGUUUUAUUUUAAUUGGUCUUGUAGUAUCAAAAAAAUAUCAACCCCUGUUUAUAAUAUUAGUGGAGAUAGAAUAUAAUUUCAAAAACCAAUUUUCGCUAGUACCAGACUAAUCUGAUAAAUAUAAUAUUUAUAUAUCUUGUGUUGUCCACCUUCGUUGCAAACGUUAUAACUUUUAAAACGUUUGGAUAUGUAAAAAAUUGUUUAGAUAACUUACUACAAAAGUUUUAGGGGAUAAAAAUCUUAUCAUCACGCCAGAUCCUUUUGCAGUGUAAGCUUAUAACCAGUGGUCACAAUUAAUAAAUAUUUAUUUACCUUAACGUUUUUGUUUAAAAAAUCCAUUUGGAGUAGUUACAGCUGAUAAUUUUAGUAUGUUCAUGAAGUUUUCUAAUCUAGUCUGUUUAAAAUUAAUUCACUGAGCUAAUAAAGUUAUGGAAUUAGAAAUUUCAGCUUUCAUUGGAAAUAUUAAAAUUGAUAGUUGUAAGGACUUUGCUUAGUGAUGAGUAUCUAAAUAAUAACACGUUAAUGUUAAAAAACACUUGUGACAUAUAGACGUGAGGUUAUAAAAUCUGAGAAAAGUGGAAGAGAUAUUGGAAGAUGAAUUGACUGUGAAAAGAUUGAGUGGGAGGCGCUGUGUAGAUCUGUGCAAUAUUGGUGUUUUAUAGAAAACAUGUAUUAAUUUUGAAUCGCGACUGAUUUUUUUUUUGCGUAGAGCGCUUUAUUGGACGAGGUUAUUCUUUACUAUCGAUGCGUAUAUAUUAUUGUGUAUUUACGGUGAUGUCGUUCAGCUUUGAAUCAUCGAAGUGUUAUAAUAACCCUGCGUUGCUCACGUGACACUGUAUAAUUAUUUUAUUCAACAAAAUAUUGAGAUGAUGAACUUGAACUGUCAUGAUACUAAAUCAAUUGAAGGGAUUUGUCAAUUUUUUUUGACAAAUCAAUAUAUGGGUAAAUGCGUGUGAAUAUUGAAUUGAAAAUAGAUGUGUUGAUUUUGCAUGUAAUAUCGAUUUUACCUUUAUGAUAUGUCAAGAAAAUCUAGGGGAUUACGCAUUUGUAAAAUACAAAUAACGCAAAAAAUCUAGGGCUAGAUGUACUGAUCUUUAUUAUGUAGAUGAUUAGGUUCAAUUUAAUUGUCAGUUACUCUCGGCUUCGCUCAUGUGGGUAAAGGCAAGAUUAAGUUUAUUCGCAACAGCAAGUCUCUCAGGCUAAAAUCAAAAUCAUAUCAUAACAAUUCUCUUGUUAUCACAUUAGUAUAGAUUAAAUGUUGAGAAACGUGGGGUUAUGUUACGAUAAACAAAUAAUUGCGAUAUUUAUAUGUGCAUACGCAGAAGCGAACGACGUCACGCGUACGUAGAAAUUUGAAAUGUGAAUAGAAUAACAGACAAGGAACAGCGUCGCGGAAUUCCCAUAUAAAAGUUUGGACGAUUCUAAUUAUGAAAUUUUCUGUUUGGUGUUAUAAAAUAAAGUAGUGACGUCACUGAUUCAGUGCUAUUUUGAAUGCUUGACGAGUUGUUCUCGUCGUAGCAUGAUGACGUUGCUACGAUAUUGACAGAAGCCGCUAAAGAAUGUCAACAGAUGGCGCUUACUAUAUUAAUUUGUACGUUGUUAUAAAACUAGACUUACCGUUGUCUUGUUUUCUUUUGUACCAAAACACUUCUGGUGUGUACACUUAAAAAAUGAUUAUUUCGAAUAAAAGCUACUUUCAAAUUAAAACAAAUUGUGGUCGAAAUCGUAAUCCAUUUGUUGUAGCCAUAAAAAAAGACAGUAUGCGUACUGUAAAAAUCGAAGUUUUUAAGUGUCCAUAUCAGGAAUACCUUUAUGUAAUUGAACAAUCUCGAAAAUGCCCAGUGUUUCUCUGAAAAUCUAAAAGUAUGGUCGAAAAUUAUACCGUUUUCGUUGAU